AUGGCGAGCACGGUGGAGUCGCCGACGAGCUCGUGCGUGUCGUCGGACACGGAGGAGGAGGCCGCGGCGGUGACGAAGCCGAUGGUGGUGGUGGGGUGCCCGCAGUGCCUCAUGUACGUGAUGCUGUCGGGGGCGGCGGAGGAGCAGCCCAGGUGCCCCCGGUGCAAGAGCCCCGUGCUGCUGCACUUCCUCCACGGCGCUGCCGCCGCCGCCGCCGCCAGCACCAACAGGCAGCAGCCCAGCAAGAGCUAG